CCCGAAUAAAUGAAAUCAUUCCCUUUUGUUUCUCUCUUCUUUUUUUUUGUUCGCUCAUGACACAAGACUAUCCAGUCAUUGUCUCCAUUGACUUUGGCACCACUUAUUCCGGCUGUUGCUAUGCUUUAGCAGAUACCGCAGAAGUCCAUGAUAUAUUCCGCUGGCCCAAGAGUAAUGGAUUCUAUGCCAAAGUGCCUUCCUUACUCUACUAUAAAAAAAACGGUAGACUUUUAGACUGGGGAAAAGGUGCCAGGUUACAAUCACUUCGGCCUGAUAAUGAUGGCACAUUACUACAGUAUUUUAAACUAGCGCUGAUCACUGAGGAAAUCCGUUUACCUGAUAACAAGACGCAUGUGGAUGUCAUUGCUGAUUAUCUAAGAAUGUUUCAUGAUCACAUCUACGAACAGUUACUCAAAACUCAAUUACUGCAUGCAUACAAACAAUGCCAAUACCGAUAUUGUCUGACGGUGCCUGCCAUUUGGUCUGAUCAAUCCAAAGCAUUGAUGAGAGAAGCCAUGGUGCAAGCAGGUAUUUUGCAAGAGGACGAUCCCAUCCAUCGAUUAGCAUUGAUCAGCGAACCAGAAGCUGCCGCGGCUUAUUGCGAAAACAAGUAUCAAUCCUGGAAUUUAUCAGAUGGUGACAUAUUCAUGAUUGUCGAUGCAGGUGGAGGCACUGUGGAUUUAAUUACCUAUUUAAUUCAAGAUGCAACACCGCCUAGAACUCUAAGUGAAGUCACUAGAGGAAAUGGUGCCAUGUGUGGAAGUGCAUUUAUCGAUCAAAACAUGAGUCUCUUACUAAGAUCAAAAUUGAGUAAUGGUGAUAUACCUUCUUGUAUGUUUGAAAUGAUGAUGGAUACAUUUAUUGAGACCAUCAAGCCAAAUUAUCGAGGAGAUGAAACAGACGUGUAUUUGAUACCUGUACCAGCUGGAGCAUUGCAAUACAUUCAACCCGAAUUUCUAAACGAUGAUCACCAGCUGAUAUUUCGCCCUACUGAAUUGAGAGACCUUGUUUUUCAUCCCGUUUUAAAAAGAGUGGUCCAACUUGUAAGAGAACAAUUAGCCCAAGUCGAUCAAUACGUACAGGCCAUCUUUCUUGUAGGAGGAUUUGGUUGUUCAGAGUACUUGUAUGACAUUCUAAGAGAGAAAUUUCACGGACUUGUGGGUGAGAUAGCUAUGCCACCCAGAGGUGAAUUGGCUGUGGCCCAAGGCGCUGUAUAUCAUUUAUUAAAACCAAACCUUGUCACGAGUAAAUUAUUAAGACGAACGUACGGUGUAAGAACAAGAUUACCAUUUGAACAAGGAUUGGAUCCUGAAUCAAGCGCAGUGAUUACCAAGGACGGUAUCAAAAGAUGCUCUACUCGGUUUGAUGUGAUUGCUCACAAAGGACAACGUGUUUUCAUUGACCAAAGUAUCAAGAGAUCCUUCUGGGUUGUCUAUCCAAAGCAUACCGAAGCGGAUCUAUAUGCUUCCGAUAGCGAUGUGAUACCAAGGCAAGUUACAGACAAGGAUUCCGUUGUCAAGUUGGCAGAGCUUCCUAUCAAGAUGCCCUUAUUACCCAAUGUAAAACCAGGUACUCGUAUGGAUGUCACCAUAGAGUUUAUCUUUGGCAUGACAGAGAUCAAAAUGGUUGUUCAUCUAGCAGGGACAAUAACUGAGCAUCUCAUCGAAUCCCAUGUGUAGAAAUUCUAAUUAAUUAAUAAACUCGAUUAAACUUAUUUUCCUG